CAGGAAGAGACUUUACUAACUGCAGUUACUGAAUGAUCGGGAGACAAAGUUAAAAUUCCUCUUCAGAGCUGCCAUCAACUACCUAGAACACGUCCCUUGAAAAGUCCAGAGGAAGGAGAGCUAUGGAUUACGACAGAAAGUAUGCAGCUGUCAUUCUGGUCGUGUUGUCCAUGUUCUUGCAUAUUCUUCAUUCUCUUCCGGAUGGAGACUUCAUUAUUCAGGGUUGCCCAGAAUGUAAACUAAAGGAAAAUAAGUACUUCUCCAAGCUGGGUGCCCCCAUCUACCAGUGCAUGGGGUGCUGCUUCUCCAGGGCAUACCCCACUCCAGCAAGGUCCAAGAAGACGAUGCUGGUUCCAAAGAAUAUCACCUCGGAGGCCACGUGCUGUGUGGCCAAAUCGUUCACCAAGGCCACAGUGAUGGGAAACGCCAGAGUGGAGAACCACACAGAGUGCCACUGCAGCACCUGUUACUAUCACAAGUCGUAACUUUGCUGCAAAGGGCUGUGCUGAUGACUGCUGAUCGGAGGGAGGGAGGGCGCCGUGUGACGCUGCCCCUCCUCCUUACCAGACCUGGCACGACCCAGUUACACAGCCGCCUUUGCUGUGUGUUCCCUUAUACGUUAGCAUAAUCAGCAGUCUCUUCUUGUUAGUAUGUAGCGUGCUCACGUAGGUUGGUUCCAUGAGAAAUAAAGCCUUUUAAAU